GUUCGUCGGAGAGAGAGAGGAGGGAGGGGCUUAGCUAUCACCAAAAACUCUUAUCAGCGGAUCCCAGGGGGUGCAAGCUACUGCCAUCGAAGUCAGUACACUGCCUUACUCCGGCCCGCCAGCACCUCCAUCUCCCGCUGCACGUCCACACCGCCGAAAGAUGUCUUGGGACAGUUACAUUAACAACCUCAUCAGCAGCGGCCACGUCCAAAAGGCAGCAAUCUAUGGGCUAGACGGCUCAAAAUGGGCAGCCUCUGAAGGGUUCGAAGUCAGUAAAGAUGAAUUCGAUGCAAUGAAGGCUGGCUUCAGCGAUACCAAGAACCUCACCAUGUCAGGCAUGCGUGUGGCCCAAACAAAGUUCUUUUUCCUGAGUGGCUCAGAUGAAAUUUUGAGAGGCAAGAAAGAAACAACUGGAGUGCACGUAGCCAAGACUGAGCAGGCCAUAAUUAUCGGCUACUAUGACCAAGGAUCCACGGCCAACUCGUGUGCAACACAAGUGGACAGUAUGGCUGAACACCUCAAGAAGUCAGGCUACUAAACAUGGACUCGCAAAUUGGACUGAGAGAGAGAAAGAUUAGACUAAGACCUUCUAUAGCAUAUCAAGUAUACCACAAGUUGUGUGCAUUUUUUUUCUUUUUUUCCAUAAUGUGAAGUCUAAAAUACUUGUUUAUCACUUUAUUUUUUCCCUACCACUCCAGAGGAGAUUCCAGUUGAGUUCAUCAACGAAUAAUGAUACUAAAUGACCAUCUUCUUAAGUGACAUCCAUUGAAAUGGUGAUUCUUUUCUUAUUUUCAUCAACAUAAACAUUCCUGAAUAUGCAAUAAACCCUUACCUUAUGUAAA